CGGGGCGGCCCCGGGGGCUGCGGCGGGGCCGGGGUUCCGUGGGACCCGAGGCUUUGUUCCCCCGCAAGGGAAAGCGCGGCCGUUAUCGCCCGGGUUAUUAGAACCGGUUCGCGCCGGUGGCUCGGGCUCCCCCCUCCCGCCGAGCCCCGGGGCCGCCACUGGCGGCUGCGAGCACCGAAAGCAGCAAAAUCCCCCCCAAAACGCAGCCGUCCCCGGUGCCCGGUCCCGUGAGGGGGGAUGGAGACAGGGCACCACGGGACCCCCGACACGGGGAGGGGCUGGCAGGGCCCCUGUCCAUCCCCUGGGGCUGGGGGCAGCACCCGGGGGAGGGGGGCUGAGCUGGGAGGGGUUUUGGGGCUCCCCAACCCCCCCGGGGCUCCUGAGCCCCCCUUGGCUGCUGCCCCUCCAGCACAGCGGUGUCCCCAUCCCUGCAGCAUCCUAGUCCCAAUGGUGUCCCUGUGGUGUCCCCACUCCUGCAACACCUCCAUCCCAGUCCCAGUGACGUCCUGUCCCUGACACAUCCCAGCAGUGUCCCCAUCCCUGGUGCGGGUGUCCUUGUGUGUGUGUACUGUAGCCCAUACAUGUCCCUGCAUGUCACGCAUGUGUCACUGUGUGUCCCUGUGUGUCACACACAUGUCGCUGUGUGUUGCACUAGUGUCCGUGUGUGUCACAUGCAUGUCACGAGUGUGUCACUGUGUGUCACUGUGUGUCUCACGUGUGUCCCUGCAUGUCACUGUGUGUCCCUCUCUGUGUCCCCGUGUGUCACACGCAUGUCCCCGCAGUCGUGCGGUGCCACCGCUGGUGCCUCGGCCCUGCCGCCGCCGUGCCCCGCUCAUCUCCAUGACCCCUGGACUCCUCGUCGCCUGUCGCCUGGCCUCGGGUGGCAGUGACAAUAUCCCGGCUGCUGUCCAGGUGUCGGGGUUGUCAUGGAAACAACGAAACGGCGGCGAUCCCGCGCUCCGGCGGCUCCCGCUGGAACCGGGGAAGCGCCGGCGGCUCCCGGUGUCAACCUCGCCCGCCGGGCCCCUCUGGGUGUCCCUGCCCGGGGGAGGUGGCCGACGUCGGGCUUGGGGAUUUUCUGUACGAAAACCCCUGGAAUUUUGGCUGGAAAUGCCUUUUCCACGGAACCAACCCAAAAUGCACUUCUUUGGGGGGUGUGUGUGCACAGCCACAGAUGGGGGUUUGCUGACAGGGAGGAUUUGUCGCUGCUUGGAGGUGUCCCAGCGUGUUGGGGACCCACUUGGGGACACCCAGGGACACCCAGGGGUGAGGCGGGGGGGCUGGGCAGCUCCUGAAGCCGGGGGUGGCAGGGGAGGGGGGUGGCUACAGGGCUGGGAGUGACAAGUGACAGUCCCCACCGUGUCCCCUCCAGCGGCUCCUGCAGGUCCCAUCUGAGGGGACCGCGGGGGGUUCCCGCCCUGGGGCUCCUCCAAGAUGCACAGGACCACCCGGAUAAAGAUCACGGAGCUGAACCCACACCUGAUGUGCGCCCUCUGCGGCGGCUACUUCAUCGACGCCACCACCAUCGUGGAGUGCCUGCACUCCUUCUGUAAAACCUGCAUUGUUCGUUACCUGGAGACCAACAAGUACUGCCCCAUGUGUGACGUGCAGGUGCACAAAACCCGGCCCCUGCUCAGCAUCCGGUCGGACAAAACUCUCCAGGACAUCGUGUACAAGCUGGUCCCCGGGCUUUUCAAAGAUGAGAUGAAGAGGAGGCGCGACUUCUAUGCUGCCUACCCGGUGGCCGAGGUGUCCCAGCCUGCUCCCUCCCCCAGUCCGUGUCCCUGUCCCGCAGUUCCCCUGGGCUCACAGGAGGAGCGUGGUGAGGUGGCCGAGCGAGAGCAGGGCGCGGGGUCCGAGGAUGACAUCGUCAGUCUGUCCAUCGAGUUCCACCGGGACUGUAGGGAGGAGCAGAAAGGCACCGUGGAGAACGGGGACCUGGACAAGGACAAGGCGCCGCCGUGCCCGCCCGGCCCCGGGCUGCGCUUCCUGCGCUGCCCCGCGGCCAUGACCGUGCUGCACCUGGCCAAGUUCCUGCGCAACAAGAUGGACGUGCCCAGCAAGUACCGGGUGGAGGUGCUGUACGAGGAUGAGCCCCUGAAGGAAUAUUACACCCUGAUGGACAUUGCCUACAUCUACCCCUGGAGGAGGGUGAGGAAACAGGGAAACGGGGAAAACUGGGAAAACUGGGAAUAUCUGUGCUGGGAAUACUGGGAAAAUCUGUCCUGGGAGAAACUGGGAAAAUCUGUCCUGGGGAAACUGGGAAAAUCUGUCCUGGGAGAAACUGGGAAUAUCUGUGCUGGGAAAACUGGGAAAAUCUGGUUUUGGGGGGAUAAAACAGGGAAUAUCUGUCCUGGAAAAAUCUGUAAAUCUGUCCCGGGGAAAAGUGGGAAAUUUGGUCCUGGGGGAGCUUUUCCCAUAACAAAUCCCAGAGCGGGGGCAUUGGGGGGGGGGGGGGGGCAGUGCCGGUGUCCCCGCGGUGUCCCCGCGCGCUGCCAGCCGUGCCCCGUGUCCCCAGACCGGUCCCCUGGCACUCAAGUACCGCGUCCAGCCCUCCUGCAAGCGGCUCAAGCUGUGCCCGGCGCUGCCAUCCGAGGGCACCAACACCAGCGGCGCCUCCGAGUGCGAGUCGGGCAGCGACAAAGCGCAGAGUCCCGGGCUGGCAUCGCCCCCCGCCCUGCCCGGCCCCGGGCACGGCCCCCCCGGGCCCGCCCUCAACGGCUCCGCCUCGAACUGUCACCCGCUGCCACCCAGCUGCCACCCGCUGCCCCCCGCCCGCGGCCGCAAAACCGCCCUGAACGGCAGCGCGGGCUCGGCCCUGAGCUAAAAACCUCCGGGGGCUGCUGGAAACCCUCCUGGGACUCCGUAAAAUCCUUCUGAGACUCCGAAAAAUCCUCCCAGGACGCUGAAAACCCCUCCUGGGACUCCGUAAAAUCCUUCUGAGACUCCGAAAAAUCCUCCCAGGACGCUGGAAAAUCUUUCUGGGACUCCAAAAAAUCCUCCUGGGACUCUGGAAAACCCUCCUGGGACUCUGGAAAAUCAUCCAGGCACUCUGAAAAUCCUCCAGGGACUCCUACAACUCCUCCAGGGAUUCUGAAAAACCCUGCAGGGGCUGCUAAAAAUCCUCCUGGAACUCCUGCAGACCCUCUAGGGACUGCUCAAAACCCCCCAGGGAUUCCUAAAAGCCCCUCCAGGGAUUCCUGAAACCCCUUGCAGACCUCUAUAAAUGUGGGUGUGUACAUAGGGACAGAGCAGAGUUCUACGGAAUUAUUUUCUAAUUUAAACAAGCGGAGAAGACACAAAAAUGGCAGCAGAUAUUUUUUAAUGUGGUUUGGGUUGGUUUUGUUAGGUUUUUUGUUUGGUUUUUGUUUGGUUUUGGGGGUUUUUGGGGGGUUUGAGGUUUGGGUUUGACUCGUGGAAGCUGCAGCCCUCCCCCCCAUCCCCAGAGCUAGGAGCUGCCAAAUCCCCAAAUUCCCACAUUCCCAAAUUCCUAAAUUCCCACAUUCCUCCAUUCCCACUUUUCCUGGAGGUUUUUCCCUCUCCUCCUCCUCCUCCUCCCUCCUCACUGGGGCUGUGACCACACAGGUGAGGGCCAAGCACAAAACCCGAAACCCCAAAAAUUCCAAAAACCCCAGAGAUCCACCCGGGCUCUGCUGUGGGGUUUUAUUUCCCAUAUUUGUUUUUUUUUUUUUUUUGUUUUCUUCCAGGGUUUCACGCCCCAGCUCGGAGCUGCCAGCUCCAGCUGUUUCUGGAUCUCAUCCUGGGUGGUUUUUGGGUGAUUUAUUUGCUUUCCCUGAAGGCUCUGCCCUUCUGCACAGUAAAUUCGGGGUUUUUUGGGGGGUAUUUUCCUCCAGCUUGGUGGUGGCAGCACAAAUCCCCUGGAAUAUUUUCUAUUCCCAAGGUCCUGACAGCUCCAGGGAAAUCUGGGGGCACCCAAAGGUUGGGAUGGAGCUGCUCCCCGCUUCCCAUGAUCCCAAAUUUUAUUUUUUGGUGUCUUGCCCUUCCCAGCCUCUCCUCCUGCCCUCAUGAGUGAGGGUGAGUUUGUAAUAAAAUAAAAUAAAAAUAAAAAUCAGA